AUGUGUGUCGUGUGCGGUCGGGUGAACACGUCGCGAGGAAUCAUCACCAUCUUCGGUUCGAUGCUGGCGCCACGCACCGGCCCGCUGCGUCAUGUGCCGGGCCUCGAGGCGAGCAAGCCGGCUCGCGAGAGCCAGGCCCACGAGCAGCACCAGGAGGCCGAGGAGGCGGCCAGCGAGGAGGCCACACAGCUGCCCAGCAGCGAGGACUCAGCCAAGAAGGAGCAGAAGAAGAAGCGCAGCAAGCGGAAAGCCAAGGAGGCCGACGAGGAGGCGGAACAAGAAGAAGAAGAGGUCAAGCCCUCCAAGAAGACCAAGAAGGAGAAGACCCCCAAGAAGAAGAAGAGGCGCACCUCCGAGCAGUAG